UGGGACAAGUUGGCCUUAAAAAUGUUGGCUUACUACUCGGACGUCAUCUCCAAACUCGAGAAGCACACAACCUUCACUUUCGAUGAAUCGAGGCCUCCCCUGCCCGUUAUGGUGUACAUCUACGGCGGCGGAUAUCGCACGGGCGGAGCCAUAAGAUCCAAGUACGGCCCGGAUUACCUGAUGAGCAAAGAUAUCGUAUAUGUGCUAUUCAACUAUCGGCUUUGUUCGCUCGGAUUCCUAAGCCUGCCGAGUCGCGAAUCGAAUGUGCCGGGAAACGCGGGUCUCCACGAUCAGUUACUGGCUCUUCGCUGGGUAAGCCAGCACAUCCGGAACUUUAACGGGGAUCCGCAGAAUGUAACGCUGUUUGGCGAGAGUGCUGGAGCUGCCUCGGUGCACUUCAUGAUGUGUCUACCGCAGGCCAAGUGUCUCUUCCACAAGGCCAUUAUGAUGUCUGGGUCGAUGCUAAGUCCCUGGGUAGAAGCCCCCGAGAGUCAGAGUUUGUUCUGCCGCCUGGCCCUUGCUGCAGGAUACAAAGGACCUGCGGAGGAACCCUCUAUGUUGAAGUUCCUGCGCCGCGUGCAGGCUGAGAAGCUGAUGGGUCACGAUUUCAUCACAGCCCGCGAUCGGUGCUUUGGAUUUCUCAACGCCUUUGUUCCUGGAGUGGUCCUUCUGGAGGGUGGUCUCAUUCAAGUCCCCUUUCAGCAGCUUAUGAAGGAGGCGUGGUCCGCAAAAGUGCCCCUGCUCCUGGGCGGCACUUCCUUCGAGGGUCUGGUUUGCUACCCCUUCUGCCAGCUGAACAAUGGCUAUAUGCUGGAGCUGCUCAAACAGGAACCCGCGAUGGUUCUGCCCCACGAGCUAUACUGCUCGAUGAGCGUCGAGGAGCGAAACAUCGCCGCCGAGGCACUGGUGAAACAUCACUACGGACCGCGCGGAAUCACCAAGAAUAACAUCACGCAGAUUUUAGAUCUCUUUAGCUACAAGCUGUUUUGGCACGGCAUGCAUAGGGUAGUCCUCUCCCGAUUAUCCCACGCCCAAGCACCCACGUAUCUAUACCGGUUCGACUUUGAUUCGCCCAAGUUAAACCUGAUGCGAAACCAGCUUUGCGGUGACGACAUCAAACGUGGUGUCUGCCAUGCGGACGACUUGGGCUACAUAUUUCACAAGAAGGCCCAGAAGAAGCAGCCCGUGGAUUCCGCGGAAUACCUGACCAUCCAGCGAAUGGUGGGCAUGCUGACGACCUUUGCCAGGACCGGCGAUCCCAACUGUGCGGAGACGGGACCGGAUCAGUGGCUACCCGUCACCACAAAGUCCCCCUUCAAGGUAUUGAACAUUGGACAGGAUGUGGAGUGCGUAACGCAAUUUGAAAAGGAAGGACUGCAGGUGUGGAAUCGGCUUUAUAAUAAUAGGAAUUUAAUUGAAAUGUAAAUGCAUAAUUUAUAUAUUUUAUAGCCAUAAGAUUAUUUAUAUUACUG